GGGGCUGGAGUCGGCGUGGCCAUGGUUCUGGUCCUGCUGGUGGCCAUUCCCUUAUUGGUCCACACCACGAAAGGGGGAGGGUCAGGAGGAGGGGGCACCCAUUAUGAGAUGCUUGGUAGCUGCAAGAUGGUGUGUGACACUUUCACCCCCCCACAGGGAGAGCUGACUGCCGUCUCGCCUCAGCCCCCAGACUUUGCAGGCCGGAGGGGUAAACCUGGGUUCCGCGGAAGCCCUGGACUUCCUGGUCCCCCCGGUCCCAGAGGGCCCCCCGGAGAGCCUGGCAAACCCGGCCCGCCUGGUCCCCCUGGGCCUGGACCGGGUGGCUACGUCCCCUCGUUCUACAGUCCCAAGAUCGCCUUCUAUGCUGGUCUCCGGAAACAGCAUGAAGGGAGCGAGGUGCUGAAGUUUGACGAUGUGGUGACCAAUGUAGGGAACUACUAUGAGCCAAGCACUGGCAAGUUCACCUGCCCUCUGCCUGGCAUCUACUACUUCACCUACCAUGUACUCAUGAGGGGAGGGGACGGGACCAGCAUGUGGGCCGACCUGAAGAAGAAUGGACAGGUGAGGGCCAGUGCGAUUGCUCAAGACGCGGAUCAGAACUAUGACUACGCCUCCAACAGCGUCAUCCUGCAUCUGGAUGUGGGGGAUGAAGUGUGUGUACAGCUUGACGGGGGCAAAGUUCACGGUGGAAAUACCAACAAAUACAGCACCUUCUCUGGCUUUCUCAUCUACCCCGACUGACAGU